AUGACUUCGAUCCUGUUACAGAACGCCACUUUGUUGAUCCCUCGUGGCCCCGGAGAUGAUCAUAUCAUCUCACUUAAGAAUCAUUCACUCUUGAUUGAGGGCAACAGAAUUUCUCGCAUCGCCGCCCAAAUUGACCCGCCGUCCGACGCAACUGAAGUGAUUGACUGCACAGCUAAGCUCAUCACGCCAGGCUUCAUUGACACACACCACCAUGUUUGGCAAACGCAGGUGAAGGGUCGACAUGCGGACCACAGCUUGUUAGAGUACAUGGCACCCGGAAACAUGGUGUCGCGUAGCUAUAAACCAGACGAUGUCUUCUGGGGUCAGCUAGGUGGAUGUCUCGAAGCACUGGAAGCAGGAACUACCACCAUUGUCGACCAUGCACAUAUCUCAUACACCCCCGACCAUAACAAUGCGGCUCUGUCGGGAACCAUCUCAUCUGGUAUCCGCUCUGUGUAUUGUUACACUCCGACAGGAAGAGUCAAGACCUGGAAGCCAUUUGCGUUUGAAGAGACGCUCAUCCCAGACUGGAUCAUGGAACAGUUAUCAGAGCUUUGCCAACGUGGCCCUCUUGGCGAUGGACGGGUUACCAUGGGCUUUGGGUUUGACUUUUACUUCCUUCCAAAGGAAGUACUUGUCGGUAUCUUUGGCAAGGUACGAGAAUUGGGAAUCAAGACUAUCACGUCUCAUUAUGUGGCCAGCCUGCUUGAGGCUUCUCUCGUCGAUAUGCUUGAAGGCUAUGGUCUCCUCGAGAAAGACAUUCUUCUUUCCCACGCUACCCCUCUAAACGACUCAGAUGCUGAGAAGCUCAAAAAGGUGGGGGCAGCUGUCUCUUCAACUCCAGAGACCGAACUUCAGAUGUCUCAUGGCUGGCCAGUGUGCUUUCAAGACAACUGCAGCUCCAUCAGUUCUUUGGGUAUUGAUUGUCACAGCAAUAAUAGUGGAAGUAUUGUGACCCAGAUGAGACUUGCAAUCCAGGCUGAGCGAUCUCGUCGUAACAACAAAAUUCUCGACACUGGGAAGUUCCCUGGACGAAUCCAGGUCAAUGUGCAAGAAGCCUUCCAGUUGGCAACGAUUCGCGGUGCAAGGGCAAUUCACAUGGAAGACCAAAUUGGGUCCCUGGAAGAAGGCAAGAUUGCUGAUCUUCUUAUCUGGGACACUCUUAGCCCAAGCAUGAUCUGCGCGGCUGAAGAAGACCCCAUCGGUGCUAUUAUUGACCACUCGUCGCCUUCUGACAUUGAUGCGGUCAUUGUAGACGGCCAAUUCAGGAAGCGCAAUGGACGUCUCGGAUCGAUCAAGCUGGAUCUGGAACUGGCGCCUGAGUUGAAGCAGGACAAAUCAGAAGUAGAAUGGCGUGAUGUUGCGCUUGAACUGCUGAAGAGCCGGGAAAGGAUCAUCGCGGAUGAGAAGGAACUUGGCGCAGAUGAUCGUCAAUCUGCUUUUGAGAAUGGACUGGCACUAUUUGGUGUCAGCAGGGAGAAGUUGGUAUUCUGA